AUGUCGAGGGUGACUAGAGAUUGUUUCCUGGCAGUCUCGCCAGCUGAGCUGCUCAGGAUCAAGAGUCCCAAAAGGGAAAUCUGCCCCCCCUGUGUCUUUGGUUCCUGCAUCUUUGGCCCCUGCAUCUUUGGCCCCUGCAUCUUUGGUCCCUGCAUCUUUGGCCCCUGCAUCUUUGGCUCCUGCAUCUUUGGCCCCUGCAUCUCUGACCCCUGCAUUUCUGGUCCCUGCAUCUUUGGCCCCUGCAUCUUUGACUCCUGCAUCUUUGACCCCUGCAUCUCUGGUCCCUGCAUCUCUGGUCCCUGCAUCUUUGGCCCCUGCAUCUCUGACCCCUGCAUUUCUAGUCCCUGCAUCUUUGGCCCCUGCAUCUUUAACCCCUGCAUCUUUGGCCCCUGCAUCUCUGGUCCCUGCAUCUUUGGGGUCUCAUGUGAGGAAUGA